UCAGAGAGAUGAUGGACGACCAUCAGAGUCUGUCUGAGAACAUGUCGACAGUCAUCAUGUUACUUAGGGUCUUCUUUCUUCCUGGUGUCUUUGCUGAACGUUGUGGUGGUCAUACAGCUGGCUUUGUCAUUACAACACCAAAGCCCAUUGUAGCACUGAGUGGAUCGUGUUUSCAUGUACMAUGUAGCUUCAMAWUUSAARAUGGAGAAAAUGAUUUUAACAAUGGAAAACAAGCCACUGCAGCAUGGAUUCCAAGUGAUAACAAUAUUUUUGACAUCAGUCAGGGAGUUAAUAACCAUGAUAUAAAUAUUACUGGAGACAUAAAACAGAAAAACUGCACCACUGUGUUUUCUGAUAUCAAGACAACACAACAAACUGAAUACUUCCUCAGAAUAGAGAGAGGUAGAUACAGGGGAACAGCUUGUUCUAUUCCUCUUCAGAUUAAAGUUCAAGAUAAUCCGCAGGAACCCAGAAUUGAAUCUGACCUCAGUGACCUGAAGGAGCAUCAGUCUGUCACUGUAACCUGCUCAGCUUUCACUCCCUGUCCAAACUCACCUCCUGAACUCACCUGGAAUCUCCAACAAGACUCUCUCAGACAAACAGAGAAAAACACAGAUGGAACCUUUACAACUAAAAUCCAGGAGAACAUCACUCUGUCAGACACACAUGAUGGAUACAACAUCACAUGUUCUGCCAGAUAUCCUGUGAUUGGARGAAACAAGACAGCAGAGACWGAAGUGACUCUCAGUGUUUCAUAUGCUCCUAGAAACACCUCAGCAUCCAUCAGUCCAUCAGGUUUGGUGUCAGCAGGUAKCUGGGUGGAGCUGAGCUGCUCCAGCAGAGCCAAACCUCCACCCAGAUUCACCUGGUUCWGGAWYARCAAASAUGGAGMCAUKAAUGURUCURUGGAGCWGGUUUACAGCUUCAUUGCUACUGAGGAAGGAGAGUUUUACUGUGUGGCUACAAAUCAUCUGGGUCAAAACAGAUCACCUCUGAUGGUUGUUACUAUUAAAGGGUCUGGACUUGGUAUCUACACUAAAAUAAAGAUCCUAGGAUUGGUAAUGCUCUGUGGUGCAAUCAUCAUCUUUGAGUGCUGCUUCAGAUUCUCCAAGAGACUGAUGAAGGUCACUGAAGAAGCAGACGAUGCUAACAGAGUAAUGGAGGUUCAGGCAUCAUGAGUCACAAGGCAACGAUAAAGAUGCUAAAUUUAAUCUGAGGAGGAUUUUUAUAUGUCCUCAUCCUGUUUUCUGUCUGUGAAGGUGUUAUUUUUAUAGUAAUUUGUAAUGUUUUAUUUAGCUAAAGCAUCCAAGCAAC